AUAGCCCAAAAAGGAAAGCCGAGAAACGAAGCCCGAAAAACGUAGCCCAGUCCAAGCAGCAAGCGCCUCCGGCUAGUUCACCAUCGCCAUGGCCGCCGCCGGCGAAGCCUCCUCCACGGUCCUCCGCUUCUUCAGCUUCAUCGGUGCCGGAGUGAUCUGCACAAAGGCCAUCAACACGUAUCUCGACUACGAGCGCAAGCAGGAGGCCUCCGCCGCCGCAGAGGCGGCAGGAUCCGCUGAAGCCGCUGCCUCCACCGCCGUGGUGGUAGCAUCUGACGCGCCUCCUGCGCGCACCGUCACCGCCGCGAAGCCCUGACGUCGGAAGAGACCCUGUCUUCGCUGGUUAGGGUUCUCUGGGUGUUGCUUGCGACUCGCCAAAGGGGAAAUUUUCGUCACUUCCUUUGUUCUAUGUAACGUAUUGUGAAUUUGUGAUGACAGUUAGGCAUCCCUUUUUUCCCAUGCGAAAUUGUGAAUGCUGUAAGCUUUGAAUUCACCUGCUCAACUGUGGUCCGAUGAAGAAUAAUAUUACACUUCUCUUAGCUAAGGCGCCGUGAAAACUUAGUAACAUAUACUAGAGAUUAUUGGAGUGACCUUAUUUUUUGUUCUCUUGGAGUCGAUUGAGUGCCGCAAACAACUCAGUAUAUUGUUUGAAGUAUAUGGACAAAAAGAUCCAUGUGAGUUUGCAGUUAAGGAUUAA